GCCCCGACCCCCGCAUCAGCCCUCGGGGCCGAAAAGACAGCUCCAACACCGCCGCGAAGCCAUCUUCAUCCCGAUGAGGUGCAUGUCGCUUUGUCAAUGCCCUUUGGCCUCUUGUGCUUCGCCCAUGCUCGUGCGUGCCCGCGCGAUCCGGCGAGCUUCGGGAUUCCAACAUGCCAAUGGGCAAACUGCACCGAACUGUUCCAAUGUGAGUACACGUCACAGCGGACCAAUCAAAACGAACGACGGGCGAGAAUAUUCGGAUAAACUUGGCUUUAUACGGAUUACGAAUGUCUCAACCUGAGGCGCCUGGGACAUGCGAGUUGGCAUCAUGACACUUUCAACAUGGCAGUGUUCAAUUUCAACGGUCUCUGCCAUCGACGCAGCGCGCGAUCUUCUUCAAGAUGACGUCCUCGCCUUCUUCCGCCCUAGCCACGUGUGUGUUCAAGGACUGCUCGCAGCCGGUCCACUCCAGUUGCCCCACCAGGUCCAAGUGCCUCUUCCACCGGAAUAGGUCCCGGUGCGAAGCGCCAGAUUGCUCCAACCAGGCAUACGCUCGCAACCGGUGUGUUCGCCACGGCGCGAAACAAUCGUGUGUCGCGGACGGUUGCACUCAGAAUCGCCGUCUCGGCCUCUACUGUUCCAAGCACGCCGACGCAAACAGCAAGAAGCGCUGUAGUGUCCACGGAUGCGACAAACUCCCCCACGCCAGGGGUCUCUGUGUGCGCCACGGCGGAGGACGGCUGUGCAAAGCACCCGAUUGCGCGUCGCACGCGCGCAUUGGCCUACUAUGCGCGCGUCACUUUCACGGCCUCACGUCGCCAUCCACAUCGCCGCGCUCGACGAGGGCAACGACGUCGGCCACCAGCAGGUGCACAUCUAACAGCACGACAGAUGCAACUUUCUCGCCUUCGUUGCACCUUUCCACACUCACGGACCUCACUGUCACGAUGGGCAUGCCUGACACACUGGACUGGGCGAUCCUGUCCGACCUUGUCUCCGAUUCCAACGUCCACACGACCACCUCCGCCGCCUCCAACCAACUCAACACCCCCAAGUGCUGGGGUGAUGCCGCGCACUCGCAGAAAGACCCACAGCCUCACAACACCACGUACGCCGACGACUUCGAGUUCUGGGAGACUGUUUUACGCGUCGUGCAGUAGGUCUCUCCACGAUUGGGAUUCAAUAUUUAACGAAACUCGAUGAAAUUGUACGGAUACAUGUUAUGCGGAUGCCCUCUGAUGCUUACUAGUAGUAGGCUAUAGUAUGCAGGUAUUAAGGCCCUGGUGUCGGAAGCGUUCAUGUCCAUGCACAUUCAUGUCCAGACUUUUGAUUGGUUAAUUAUCCGGUCAUCCGGACUCUGUUCAUGC